AUGGCGACAGUGCGACCCAUGCGUCCGGACGAUCUCUGGCGCAUAACCUCCACGAACCUCGACUACCUCACAGAAACAUACAACAUCAGCUUCUACCUCGAAUAUCUCACAAAAUGGCCAGAACUAUGCCGCAUAAUCGAAGGCCCUGAUGGAGAGAUCGAAGGCUACAGCAAACUAGAAUCCUCCCCCUUCCCACCUCCCACGACACCCUACCACCCCUCCACCUGCCCAGACCCAAACUACCUCCCCUGGCACGGCCACAUAACCGCGCUGACCGUGUCCCCCCGCGCGCGACGCCUCGGCCACGCAACGCGGCUCUCGACGUCCCUCGAGGAAGCCUCCGACGCCAACGGCGCCUGGUUCGUCGACCUGUUCGUGCGGGCGAGUAACGAGAUCGCGAAGGAAUUGUACCGCAAGAUGGGGUACAGUGUGUACAGGACGGUUGCGAACUAUUACAACGACGGGGAGGAUGCGCUGGAUAUGCGGAAGCCGUGUAGUAGGGAUAAGGAUCGGGGGUGUGUUAGGGAGGAUGGGGAGAGCCAUAGGGUUAAUCCGGAGGAUGUGUGGUGA